GUGGAUGGUGUCCUUUCCUUUGGUUGGACACCUUCUGUCUCUCUGCCUAUCUGCCUGACAAUGGAGCCGCAGCCCGACAGCGGUCUGGCCGGAGAUUGGACGGUGUGGACCACUCUUUACUGGGUUUUUGGUGUUUGUUAGAGGGAAACAAGGCAAUAGGCAGCAAGCUAAGUGAGGCAGACAUCCAUUCUGUUUCAUCGCAGAGUAAAAACAAAGUCUGCUGUGUUAUCAACACACAGUUGGCGGGGGGCGGGGAGAGACACCUGGAACCACUGAAUUUUCGCCUUUGUUAGCCUUUUCUGUGAAGAUGUCCGCUUUGACUGGGAUGGCAAUGCUGCUAGUUACGUCUCUCAUCAUCACAUCUAACGGCGCAUGGUCAGCAUCCAGGAAGUGUGAUGACAGCUUGGUAACAGCCCUUCCCAUUAAAUCCUUCAACAGCUCAUCAGAAUAUGGCAGAGGAUAUGCAGCCGCUUUUGCUAAACUCAACAGAGUACAAGGUGCUGGAGGCUGGUCACCUUUGGAUACAAAUCGUUACCAGUGGCUGCAGGUAGACCUGGGCUCUAGGAAACAAGUAGUUUCCAUAGCAACCCAGGGGCGCUACAGAAGCUCCGAUUGGACAAGUCAGUACCAGCUGCUCUACAGUGAUACAGCCAAAAACUGGAGGCCAUAUUUAAAGGAUGGAAACAUUUGGACAUUUAAGGGGAAUAAUAACAGUGAAGAUGUUGUACGUGAAGAAUUACAACAUGCCAUAGUGGCCCGCUACAUCCGCUUCAUCCCACUGUACUGGAGCCAAAAGGGGCGAAUUGGAGUCCGCUUGGAACUCUAUGGCUGCUCAUAUUGGGCUGAUGUAAUCAGUUUUGAGGGCCAUAGCAUUAUCUCCUAUCGCUUCAGGAGCAAAAAGAUGAAAACCGUGAAGGAUAUUAUUUCUCUAAAGUUUAAAACCACAGCCAGAGAUGGUGUGCUGCUUUAUGGGGAGGGACAGCAAGGAGACUACAUCCUGCUGCAGCUUCACAGGGCAACAAUGGAGCUGAGCAUCAACUUAGGUAGCAGUCAGUACAAUCUGAUUAAGGGUCACACCUCUGUAACCAGUGGAAGCUUAUUAGAUGAUGGUCACUGGCACUCUGUUGUCAUUGAGCGCUACCGUAGAAAUGUAAAUUUUACAUUGGACCACCAAACUCAACAGUUCAGGACUAAUGGAGAGUUUGAGCACCUGGACCUCGACUAUGAGCUUACCUUUGGAGGACUUUCUGAAUCUGUAAGAAUGAGUUUAGGUGGCAAAGAGAACUUUGCUGGCUGCAUGGAAGGAAUCACCUACAAUGGAGACAACAUCACCAGCUUGGUGCGCAGGAAGAAGGUGGACAUCUCCAGCUUUCGUAACCUGACAUUCACCUGUGCUGAAUCCAGCUCUUUCCCUGUCUACUUCAACUCCACAUCCUUCCUGCGGCUGCCGGGUCAGAGGGACAGUGACACACUCUCAGUAAGUCUGUCUUUCAGGACGUGGAACCCCAAUGGAGUGUUGAUGUUCACACAGCUGGCUGAGGGUUGGUUGGAGCUGUUACUGAUGGAAGGCAAGAUCACCGUCUACAUGAACGUGACACAAAAGAGGAGCACACGUAUUGACAUUUCAUCAGGAAUAGGUCUGAAUGAUGGUCAGUGGCAGAUCAAGACAGGAGGAACCUACUACUUUGGAGGCUACUUUCCACACACUAGCAUUUGGUCACUACAGCGCUCUUUCCAGGGCUGCAUUCAGAUGAUCCACAUAGAUGACCACUUGGUGGACCUACGGGCUGUGGAGGAGGGUCACAUCGGAACCUUCGAAAAUGUUAGCCUGGAUAUGUGUGCAAUUAUAGACAGGUGUGUUCCCAACCACUGUGAGCAUGGAGGGAAAUGCUCACAGACAUGGGAUACAUUCAGCUGCAAUUGCAGUGGUACUGGCUACUCUGGAGCAACAUGCCACACAUCGCUGUAUCAGCAGUCCUGUGAGGAGUAUAAGCAUCAGGGGAAGAGCUCGGGUAACUUCUGGAUUGACCCUGAUAGUAGUGGCUCUCUACCCCCCUUCAGAGUACACUGUGACAUGACAGACACAAUGGUUUGGACCACUCUAAGGAACAACAUGUCUCCUCAGACAUCAGUCUCUGCUACAGAUGAGGAUGGAAAAGCAGUACUUCAGAUUACUUACAAUGUCACUGAUGAACAGGUAUUGUCAGUCACCAGCAGAGCAGAAAGGUGUGAACAGUAUGUAGCUUACACCUGUCGAAUGUCUCGUCUGCUGACUGGUCCAGAUGGCACUCCAUUUACCUGGUGGCUAGGAAGAGAUAAUAAGAGACAUUUCUACUGGGGCGGGUCUGGACCUGGGAUACAGAAGUGUGCCUGCGGUAUUGAAAACAACUGUUCUGAUCCCAAACACUACUGUAACUGUGAUGCUGACCUGCGAGCCUGGAUGGAAGAUGCAGGUUUGUUGGUGUAUAAAGACCAUUUGCCAGUCAAUACAGUUGUGGUCGGUGAUACAAGCAGGUCCGGAUCUGAGGCCAAGCUGACUGUUGGGCCUCUUAAAUGCCAGGGAGAUAGAACCUUCUGGAAUGCAGCGUCAUUUAAUAGCCCCGCCUCUUCACUUCACUUCAAGUCCUUUCAAACUGAAUCCAGUACUGAUAUCUCAUUUUACUUUAAGACAUCUUCCAAAUAUGGAGUCUUACUGGAGAACCUGGGACCCAACAACCUCCUUCACAUUGAAAUCCGAGAAGGCUCAGUGGUCCUGUUAUCUUUUGAUUUUGGAAAAAAUCGGAUUGAGCUCACUGUUCAAACACCAAAGCCUCUAAAUGAUGACCAGUGGCAUCGUGUGGAGGCUGAGAAGAACACCAAAGAAACAGUACUACAAAUUGAUGGUCAUUACAGGGAGGUAAAAGUGACCCCCCCACUGGGACACACCGAACUGGAGUUCUACAGUGAUGUAUAUAUCGGUGCUUUGAGUGGCCAAAGGGGCUUCCUGGGCUGCAUGAGGUCUCUGAAAAUAAAUGGGAUCUUCUUCGAUCUGGAAGAAAGGGCCAAGGUGACUCCAGGAGUGAAGCCUGGCUGUCAGGGGCAUUGUAGCACCUACAAAAUGCACUGCAGAAACGGAGGGAAGUGUGUGGAGCAAUACAACGGAUACUCAUGUGACUGCUCUCUCAGUGCAUAUGAUGGACCCUUCUGCACUGACGAUGUAGGAGGGUAUUUUGAGGCAGGAACCAUGGUGCGGUAUGACUUUCUGUUGGAUCAUGGCGGAUUGUUGCUGGGCGACCCCAGGAGCUUUUCAAACCUUGCCUUUUUAGGAGAAACCAACCUCACCCAGGAGGAGCUGGUCUUCAGUUUCAGCACAUACAGUGCUCCAAGCAUUCUUGUGUACAUUAGUUCAAGGACCCAGGACUACAUGGCAGUGGUGCUGCGACACAAUGGCUCUCUCCAGGUCCGGUACAGUCUUGGUGGACUUGUAGAACCUUACACCAUAGAUAUUGACCAUCGCAACAUGGCCAAUGGUCAGCCGCACUCUGUCAACAUAACAAGGAAUCUGAGGGAGAUUCGACUGCAGCUUGACCACUACACUGUGUCAACACACACCCUGCCUGAGUCUUCUGACACACAGUUCAGUUUGGUCAAAAGUAUCUUUCUUGGAAAGGUUUAUGAAACGGGACAGAUUGACCCCAUUCUAAUUGAGCACUACAACAGCCCAGGCUUUGUUGGAUGCUUAUCCAGAGUUCAGCUGAAUAAUGUGGCACCGCUGAAAGCUGCACUUCGCUCAGGCACGACUGCUCCAGUCAGCAUCCACGGAAUCCUGGUCCAGUCCAAUUGUGGAGCCUCACCCUUGACCAUUCCCCCUAUACCCCUUGCUAAUGACCUCUGGAAAAUAGAAGCUGGUGGAGCAGUUUUUCCCUUCAAAGAUGAAAAGAUUGGAGGUGAUCCUGCUCAUCAGAAUUUUGCAGUAAUUGCAGGUAUUAUCUCCUUGGUCAUCUUGACAGUGCUGUGCAUCAUGGUGUUCGUGAUUCGCCACAUGUUUCGUCACAAGGGCUCAUACCACACGAAUGAGGCCAAGGGAGCAGACUCAGCAAACUGUGCUGAUGCAGCCAUUAUUGUCAAUGACCCAGCCUUCACUGAAACUAUUGAUGAGAGCAAGAAGGAGUGGUUCAUCUGAAGUCUGGAAAGGCCUUGAAAACAUCACACAUGGACAUGGGUCGAUUUGUUGAUUUUUUUUUUGUUUUGUUUUUUUUCCAAGCUUUGGGAGUAUUUAGGAAGUGGCAACCUGUGGAACUUAAGCAUGUAUGAGCCUUUAUUUUUUAUAAAACUUUGCAACAGACAUUGCAUUGUCCAUUUCUCCUAAAUGAACAAUGCAAUGAAGUAAAACCCUUCGCAGGAUUGUGCCAUAAUAUCAUAGAAUGAAAUUGUCUUAGAACAUAUCAGUUUUGUUUUUUACCAUUCUGAAAUCAAUUUUCUAUUAAGUGUCAAUAUUAUUUUUAUUAGAUUUAUGUUACCCUUAUUUAUACAUUUAUGUAUUUUUUCUGUUUAUAUUUGAUCUCCAUAAAAUUUGACACAUUGCAUCAUCAUUAUGCCACAAAACUUCCACAAUGUAGCUCAUUUUAUUUGUUUAUUUAUUUAUUUACCAUAUUUUUAAAAACAUUUGGGCUGAGCUUUUAUUGAACCCUGGAUGUGUACAUUCUGGCUGGCCUGUAAGUACAGAUGAUGAAACACAAUAAGGCUCAUUUUACAUGAUAGACAGCAUUGACUCUUCUAGUUGUUGGUUAUAAAAUUCAAACUAAGGCCAAUUAAUCCAAACAGGUACUUAUAUUUAGGUAUUUUUGUAUUUUUCUUAUUUUUCCACACUACAUUUACUUUUUAAGACGUAUGAAAACCCCAGACUGGACUAUGUUUUAAGUUGGUCAGAUAGUUUUACGGAAUUAUUUUAAAAUGACUCGUAUAGCAUCAGUCUCUUGAAACCAGAUAUUUAAUAAGUUAUUGCAAAGGAAUGUUUAUUAGUUACAUGUUUAGCUCCACCUUAACUCUGGACAUUUGAUUGUAAUGCAUUUGUAUUUAUUUGUGUUCUUGUGCAAUAGUAGGCUGUUUGACACUGACUUUCCCUGUAUUUUUUCUUUGUGAGACACUGUAGAACCACAUAGUUUUCUUCAUGUUACAUGGAUAAAAUAAUCCAAAACCUA